GGAAGGAAGGACAUGAUGAUGAUGAUGAUGAUGAGAGGUGGAUGCAGAGCUGUGGUGGAAGAGUGUGGGGAUUCUGGAGCAGAAACCGCAGGGUCUGACUGCAGCAGGAUGUCUUCAGCAAGCAGUGAUUUUUUGCCGGAAGAAAGUCAGGACCCUUUUCAGAUGACUGUGCAUCUUCUCGCCAAUCCCGGAGAAUCCCAACCAUUGCAGCAGAUCCUGGACUGCUUGUUGCAGUGGUUAAGCCCCGACAUCCAACUGUUCCACGUCUCUGAGCGGGCAGCUCCCGUGAAAUGUCCCAUGUCCCCGUCAAAAAGGCCCAGCUACCCGUCUCUCUCCGUCAUUCUAUUUUUCCACGAGGACUUUGGCGAAGAGCGGAUAUUACAAGUCCAUGACUUCUUCCAAGGCCCACCGUGGCGUUACCAUCACAGCGAAAGCGUUGGGGGCAAAAUCCUUCCUUACAUGAUCUGUUGUCAGGACUUCUAUUCUUUAGACGCCAACAUGCCCAUCUGGGCCGUGAGACAAGUGCACUAUGGCAGUGAGAUCCUGCGCGUCACUCUGUGCUGCAGCUACGAGAACUUCGAAGAUGCAGUCAAACUCUACGAAUUAAUUUUACAAAGCAAAGCCACCGUGCAGAAAAGUGACUUCUGCUGUUUCACAGUGUACUCAAACCAGAGUUUCUGUAUCCAGCUUUCCUUGAAGCAGCUGCCACUUGGAGUCUCUGUUAAUCUCAAAGAAUCUGCUGUUCUGCAGUUCAGGGUGCAGGCAAUUGGGGAACUGGUGCCACUUCUACCUAAUCCGUGUGUCCCCAUCAGCAAUACAAGGUGGCAAACUGAAGACUAUGAUGGAAACAAGAUCCUUUUCCAAGUCAGAGAGAACUUGAGAUACUUGCACAGGAAUUACUCCGCUUCUCAAGUGCACAGCCCGCUAGCUCGAGGGAUCGCUUGUGUAGUUCAGUGCCGUGCAAUCAAAACUCAUUGUCGGAUAAGUGUCAAUUGCCACACGACAAGAAUAAAACGCUCCCCACUUUGGCAGGAGACAAGCGGGAGAGGAGGCAGGUGAAAGGAAAUAAGAGGAGGAUUGAUUUGCCGGGAAUGGGGGAUAAAAAUGAAAGCAGUACCUCAGAGAGUUUAUGCAGU